CUGCCGGAGGAGAGGCGACAAUGUUUAAUGCACCAUGCGGUGUCCAGAGUUCAGUCAGUGAGAGGAAGCGCUCAUUGUACUCAGGGGCUGGGAGACGCCAGGAAACCACUUUACCGGCAGUUUUUCCUCCACGUCUAACUAGUGACAUCUCCUUCAUUUGUUGCGGGGAGCGACCUUGUUUUCUCCUGACAAGCAGCGGUCGAUGCACUUUCAAGGACAAAACGCCACUCCGGGAAGAGGUCACGCCGCGCAGCUCUGGACAUGAGAUGACGCGCUGAUUCUUCCCACCUCACUGGAUAUAUAUCCCUUCGGUGCAUCCGGAUUUGUUUUAUUGAAAAUAACGCCGCUGCUCACGGUGACUCACUGCGGGCGGAAGACGAGCCUCUGCAUCCUAAUCAAGACAGGACUUCAGCUCAUUGACAUUACAGUCAUACUUUCUGUAGCGGUCUUUUUUUUCUUCUUCUUCUUCUACCAUUUCCACCACUGCGCUGUUGCCAGCCGCUGAAUCCGGGGCUCAGUUCUGACUGCACAGACGAAGAUCCAAACUCAACAAACACCGGCAAAUCUGGAUUUCUUUCAACCUGUCGACUUAUGCGACUUCACCUCCAUGUGACAUGAGUGGACACUCACAAUGAUUUUUCUGUUUGAGGAGCGGAUGGAGAUUAUUGCCAAGAUGAGAUAGGCGCCCAGUCGAAUAUAAAUUAGGCGUUCGGCAUCACCGACUGCUGGAAGAGACACAGCGGGAGAAAUCUAUACGAGGCAAAUGACAGCGUCACACACGAUGAACAGAACUCUGCGUUUCAAUCUUAUUAAUGGGAAUACGGAUUCCAAGCACAGUGUCAACAGGUCAACAAAAGCGUAACUACAACACACUUUGAUCCAGUUUUUUUUUUUUUUUCCUACACAGUGGGGAUGUAUCUUUCUAUUUUCUUUUUCCUCCUGCUAUGGGCUCAAGCCCUGACGCUGAAAAACUUGAACUACUCUGUCCCAGAGGAACAGGGACCAGGAACUGUGAUUGGGAACGUAGCCAAAGAUGCCAGGAUUGGACUGGAACAAAGUGGUCAAGGUGGGCAGGGCAAGAAAGCCAACUUCAGAGUACUGGAGAAUUCAGCACCUCAUCUCAUUGAUGUGGACCCCCAAAGCGGACUUCUCUACACCAAGCAGCGCAUCGAUAGAGAAACGUUAUGUAAGAGAAACCCCAAGUGCCAGCUCUCCAUGGAGGUUUUUGCCAACGACAAGGAGAUCUGCAUGAUCAAGAUCGAUAUCCAAGACAUUAAUGACAACUCUCCCGUCUUUCCGUCAGAUCAGAUUGAUAUCGAUAUUUCAGAAAAUGCAGUUCCAGGCACACGCUUUCCAUUGACCAGUGCCCAUGACCCUGACGCAGGAGAGAACGGCCUAAAAACCUAUCAAAUAACACGCGACGAUUACAAUCUUUUCUCCUUGGAGGUGAAGUCCCGCGGGGAUGGGACUAAAUUCCCCGAAUUGGUCAUUCAAAGACCACUGGACCGAGAGGAAAGAAGCCAUCACACUCUUAUUUUGUCUGCCACCGAUGGUGGUGAAUAUCCCCGGUCAGGAACCAUGCAGAUAAAUGUGAAAGUCAUUGAUUCUAAUGACAACAGCCCUGUCUUUGACCAGCCCUCGUAUGUGGUGGAAAUUCCAGAGAAUUCUCCUCCUGGUAAAGUCCUAAUUGAUUUAAAUGCCACUGACCCUGACGAAGGUAAUAACGGACAAGUAGUCUAUUCUUUUAGUGGCUAUGCCCCUGAGAGAAUCAGAGAGCUUUUCUCCAUAGAUUCAAGAACUGGGGUCAUAAAGAUUCAGGGUGAAAUUGACUAUGAAGAGAGCCCUGUUAUAGAGAUUGACGUCCAGGCAAAAGAUCUGGGUCCCAAUCCAAUCCCAGGUCAUUGUAAAGUCACCGUUAAAGUGCUUGACAGGAAUGAUAACUGGCCGUCGAUAGGUUUUGUGUCUGUCAGACAGGGAGCCAUCAGUGAAGCAGCACCUCCAGGCACUGUUAUUGCUCUGGUCCGUGUCACUGACAAGGACUCUGGCAGGAACGGACAGCUUCAGUGCAGAGUGCUGGGUAAUGUCCCUUUCAAACUUGAAGAGAACUAUGAUAACUUUUAUACUGUGGUCACUGACAGACCGCUCGACAGAGAGGUUCAAGAUGAGUACAAUGUCACGAUUGUGGCGAAAGACAACGGCACCCCUCCUCUGAACUCAACCAAGUCCUUCACUGUAAAGAUUCUGGAUGAGAAUGACAACGCUCCUCGCUUCACCAAGUCUGUUUACCUUCUUCAAAUUCCAGAAAACAACAUCCCGGGGGAAUAUCUUGGUUCCGUGUUGGCCCACGAUCCUGAUCUUGGCCAGAACGGCACCGUGUUCUACAGCAUAGUGAAUUCUAACGUGAGCGGUGGCGACGUCAACACGUACGUAAAUGUGAACGCUGCCAAUGGAGCCAUAUAUGCGGUGAGAUCUUUCAACUACGAACAAAUAAAGUACUUUGACUUUAAAGUUCUGGCGAGGGACGGAGGAUCACCACACCUGGAAAACAAUGCCACAGUACGGAUCAGCGUUCUCGACGUGAACGACAAUAUUCCCGUCAUCGUUCUGCCGCUGCUCCAGAACGACACCGCUGAAAUCCAUGUGCCACGCAAUGUGGGUGUUGGCCACAUCAUCACCACGGUACGGGCUGUGGAUAAUGAUUAUGGGGAGAGUGGGAGACUCACCUAUGAGAUUUCGGAUGGGAAUGAGGAGCGUCUUUUUAAUAUUGAUCCAAUUACUGGGGAGGUGCGAACUGCCCAUCCAUUUUGGGAGAGCGUAAAUCCCAUAGUUGAGCUGAUCAUCCGCGUUUCCGACCACGGCAAGCCAACCCUCACUGCUGCUGCCAGGCUCAUCAUCAAAGCAUCCAAUGGCCAUUCUGUUGAUGAAUUGUUACACGUGGAUGACAAUCAUAACUGGGAUAUGUCCCUGCCGCUCAUUGUGACUCUCAGUAUAAUAUCCAUCAUGCUUCUGGCUGCCAUGGUGACUAUAGCGAUUAAGUGUAAGCGAGAAAACAAGGAGAUUCGAACAUACAACUGUCGCAUAGCUGAGUACUCGCACCCUCAACUUGGAAAAGGAAAGAAGAAGAAGAUAAACAAGAACGAUAUCAUGUUGGUGCAGAGCGAGGUGGAGGAGCGGGAUGCCAUGAAUGUGAUGAAUGUGGUAAGCAGUCCUUCCUUGGCCACCUCUCCCAUGUACUUUGACUACCAGACACGUCUGCCACUCAGCUCACCAAGAUCAGAGGUCAUGUAUCUUAAGCCCACUGCCAAUAACCUCAGCGUGCCCCAAGGCCACGUGGGAUGCCACACCAGCUUCACAGGCCCAGUCACCAGCACCACAGACACACCUACUAACCGCAUGUCCAUCAUCCAGACGGACAAUUUCCAGACCGAGCCUAAUUACAUGAGCAGCAGGCAGCAGUUUGUUCAAAGUUCGACGUUUAAAGACCCGGAGCGUGCAAGCCUCAGAGACAGUGGUCACGGUGACAGCGACCAGGCUGACAGUGACCAGGACACCAACAAGGGCUCCUGCUGCGACAUGUCUGCUAAAGAAGCCCUCAAGUUGAAGGCUACAGGCAUUAAACCAGCACCUUUGGAACAAGAUGAGGAUUGUGUGAACUGUACAGAGGAGUGCAGAGUUCUGGGUCAUUCUGACCGCUGCUGGAUGCCUCAGUUCCCUGCGGGAGGAAACCAAGCAGAAGGCGUUGAUUACCGCAACAACAUGUUCGUGCCAGCAGGUAUGGAGGCCGUGCCCGAAACGGAGAACUAUGAGACUGUCACCCCAAAUGGCAAGAAGACAUUUUGCACAUUUGGCAAAGAGCGGCGUGAUCACACCAUACUGGUUGCAAAUGUCAAGCCCUACUUAAAGGCGAAGCGUGCCCUUAGCCCGUUGCUACAAGAAGGACCUUCUGCCUCUAACAGUCCAACCAAAUGCUCUUCGACAUCAUCCUGCUCCGCUGUCAAAAGUCCGGCCGAUGGGGCUGAGUGCAAGCCUCCUCCUGCUGCCUGCUCUGGACACUACGGGCCUCCUGACGGCCAGUACCUUUCGCCAACCAAACAAACGCGGGACCAAGGGGUAUACGCACCCAUGCCUCCCUCAGAUCCAGUGGCAAAGGUGCUUGCUGAGGCCCGCUCCAGAAUCAGCCAAGACACUGUUGUGGAAAUGGAGCGUGCUGAGCAAAGCCGUGAUGGAAUGGAGUCUGACCAGGCGGUAAGGGACAUUGACAAACUUUUGCAGGACUGCAGGGGAAGUGAGGCCACUGGCACUCUGCGGAAGUGAUGGAAUGGACUGAAAGGAAAACAUUCUAAGAACACAUACGGAUUUCAAUCCAAAAACUUGUUGGAUCAAACCGAAGACUUUGCUCUGGUGACACAUGCUCCUUUCAAUGUAUUUGCUGGACACCGGACAGUUUCGGGUGAGGGGGGGGGUGUUCCUUACACUGCUGGUGUUGUGUUAUUGCUACCAAAACAAGAAACUGUGCAACACACAUCUGAAUUCUGCUGAAUUUAUACAUUUUUUGGAUCCUAAAGCUAAUUUUGGACCGUUUUGCUCUGGCACCUCACAGGCCAUUAUCUAAGUGCCCACCAGCUCAUCAGUGUGUCGUUCACGCCUGUUGUAAACAUUUCGAGACGCGUGUAGGCAGGUUCAUGUUAUGUUGAAUGGCCAUAGACGAUGAACAAAGACGGACGAUGAUGGUCAGGCAUGACAAUCCAAGUAGGAAGCAUCCGAAACUAUCUGGAGCAGAGCGAGCCCAUAAAACAUAAAACAAUCAUGUGUUUUCAGACUUUGUUGAACGGCGUGUGUUUCACAUGGGUCCAGUAUCAAACCACGAUGAGAUUGUUCACUUCAAGGCUUGUUUCUGAACUUGGGGUUGACAAGGACUAAGAAGAAGACCGAGCUGAAGAAGAAUUUAAUGUCAGUGUAUUCAUGUUCCACCCGCCAUUCGUAGCCACAUGUGUACAAUGUGUGUGUCUCACGCUUCUAUUUAAACAUUCAUGCUGCCUAAAACUGUGUAGUCACGCGCACCACCUUUUUGACGUGAACUGCACUUUUGGACAUUUGUGCACCAAAACACUUAUGCCUAAACACGCGUACAGAAACAAUGAUGCAAACGACUGCUGACCAUCUGUGUAAUUGUCUUAUACAUGUACAUCAUCAGCUUUCAGUCCCUCGUGUACAGUGAAUUACCAUGUGUGUGACUUUGUCUUAAGGCAAUCAAACAAGGGACAUUUUUCUUCGACUGUGAAAAGAUAAUAUCUACAUGACUGUAUAGAUGACUUCAUGUACCGACCCAUGUAUAGUGUCCAAAUAUUAACAAAAUAUUUAUACAUUUUAUAUUCAAAAAGAAAUGGAGAAGUCGUAACAUUUCUCGAUGACUUUCAUUAAAGCCUUUGAAAUUCACUAAAAUAUGCGCAAAAGACACUGUUGACUAAUAUUUAAAAAUGAGAAAAUGUCCCUUUGCAUUAUCACUAUACAUGAUAUCAUUAAAUGUGCAAAUGUACUCGAGUUUAGAUGUGUCAACAUCAAAGAAAUUCACUUUUCUUUCAAGGAUUUUUUGGCAGUUUUCUGUGCAUUUGAGCCAAAUUGUUACAUGUACAAAAGCUAUAUUGUGUAUUUUAUUAAAUUAAUAUAUAGUUGUGUUGAAAUAUACAUGGGCUUAUAUUGUAUUUGGCAAAAGUUGCCUUAGUAGCUGUCGAACUCUGUGAGUUUGCUUUUUUUUUCCCUCUUUCUUUUUUCCUUUUCUUUUUUUUGGUGACCUCUUCCUUUCAUUCUUUCCAUUUUGGACAGGUGGGCUGGCUUCACUGCUAUUGAGAUGUUGCCUCUUUUUAUCCAAAGAUCCAACCGGAUCGUAUACAAUAACUGUUGAAAGCUACAUGAGCCAGCUGAUUUAAAGUCAAUGAAAAUAAAAUAAAAUAAAAAUAAAUAAAAAAAACAAAACAACCAUCAUAUGAAAACAAUUACAUAUUUUUACUGAGCAGUUUUUUACAGGCAGCUAUUUUCUUUAACAAUUACCAAUAAGCAUACUUUUGGUAUUGUGAUGUUAUUAUUUCCUUUAAAAAAAAAAAAAAAAAAGAAAUAUGCCAUAUGGAUAGUGGAGUGGUCUCUUUGGUGAACAUAAAACUGCCUUACUGUCUCUGCCGAGAGCUUGUUGUACCUGUGGAGCUUGUGAUUGCUUUUGAAGCCCUGGUCCACCAGAAUGUGCAUUUUCUAUCAAGGACCCAAAUGUGGUCCUCCGUCAGAAGUCUGUGAUAUUUAUGUGUGUUCUCUUCUUAAUACAUGUCAUCCUUUGCAGCAAAAGCUCUACUACGUAAUCUCACGUUUCCUUUGAAUUUGAUGUCUAUUUGUUUCGGGAAAUAGUUUAUACAGCCAAGUGUCCUCACAUUCAGGCUUUCUUAAAAUGAAUAACACAGACCUUUAUUUUUUGAAAAAAGAAAAAAGAAUGAAAUGAAAUCCGCCACUUUGGAAUACAACCAGUGGCACUUGCUUUUUCUAAAAACCUCUGUCCAGAAAGUUGGACAGAGUCUUUAGAUUAGAUGCGUUUCUUUUUUUUUUUUUUUUUUUUUUUUCUGGAAUUGUGGCCACAGAUCUACAGUAUGUGAAAAACACCCGUGAGUAGGAGUAGUGACGUGUUAAAAAUGAAAUACAGCUUAAGUCACUCUGAGCUCAGAUGAAAUUCUGGCACCAGGUAAAACAGGGUCCGUCAUUCAAACCUGUCCUGCACACAAUUUUGGUUCAUUUUCCCCCACAAUGGAAUUACAUUCUCUCAUUUCUCAUUCCACUGGCUACAUUUCUGUAUACGUCUUCAUUUGCAUUCUCUCUGCUUGUUUGUUCCCUUCCCUGUGCUAGCGAAACACAGUAACAGUUGCAUUCCAGUCUCUGUCUCUUAAGGAUGUUGACUUCAGUUUCCUCUCGCUGUGUCCCUGUGUGAGAGACUAGUUUUAGAGCAGCAUCGAAGGAGAUGCUGGUGAUGAAAGAUGCUGUUGUAUGAUGUUUUUUUUCUUUUUUUUCGGUCUCAAAUAUCCUGGUAAAUAAAGGAAACUUGACGUUCACAUCAUUAAAGCAGGGUAGACGGUUAAAAUCUGUUCAAAGUGCGUGCGGCUACUGUGAUCCGGAGGAAUUGUGGUAAUGCACACGGAUACACACACACACACCCGGAGACUACAGCUACACACUGCCUUUCAUUUAAAUGCAUUGCCUGUUCAAGGUGAAAUAAAGGCUGAGAGAGAACGAGGGCAAAACAUUACCCAAACAAAUGUGACACUUCCACACUUCUCUUCAUGCUUUAGUUUGUCUCAUUGUGCUCCGUCUUCAUGCUGGAUCAAGCAUAUGCAUUCGCUUUAUUUUCCUCCAUGCCCUUAAUGUUUGAAGAAACAAUUUAUUUUUUGACAUUUAAUUUAUUUUUACCUGCGUACCACGGAUUUAAUUCCACUUCAAAUCGCGCCUGUGUUCUUGUGAACCCUGUUAUAUUUUGGCACUAAUUGAAUUAAACGCGCUGAGGCAACGUGCGGAUCCAGCCUUUUGUUUGCACAGCCUGGCUGCCAUAAACACUGACUGUCACAGUUGGCCGCCGUCCCCUACAAUGGUGACGUUACUUCUCUCUUUUGACUUGUAACUCUCUGGAUAACGUGGACCAGGCGUGGGUUUGGUCCAACAGGAGGAAGGUGAUCUUUAAAGCCAAGUCUCUCGCAGGCUAUUUGCUCUGUUAAAAAGCACUGUCUGCUGCAUAGGUCAAGCCAUAGUCUAAUUACACUCUUUGCAGUCAUCAUAUGCACUUGGAGGUGCAUUAAUCAAACUUGAAGUGGGUUAUUUUUGUCUCUGAAGCCCAGAGACCGCGAGCUUCUUUUAGAUGCGUCUCCUGGACUUCUGUGUCUGUAAUAAAGUUCCAGAUGCUCACAGAUCCAUUCAAGCCGUGUCAGAACACAAAACCGCUUUCUCUCUAUAUAUAUGUAUCUAUAUACACACACACCUAUUUAUUUCAUUUUAAACAGGUAUCAAAUGUUUGUGAGUGUCACAUUCUGUCAUAUACUGAAGCCUGCACCGAUGGCGGACUGCUCCACAAUGGAAAUCUGGUGAAUAAAACGAGAAAACGUAUUUGUAUGGGUUACUUUAUCUGCUAUUGUCUACAAGGCUGUGUUAAUUGUGAUCUCUCUGAAAAAAAAAGGAAAAAAAAUGAUGAAAAGGUCAAAUAAAAAAAGCAGUUGCUAAGGAUUUCUGUGUGUUCUCCAUCUGUGAAAGGGAUAAACAAUGGCUUGUCUUUUAUUUCAGCAACAAACAAAGGAACCUAUGGACACUUCAGGUGCAGCAUUAAAUACAGUUUUUUCUCAAUCCAUUGGUUCUGUAGUAGCCGAUGUUUAUUGUUAUCUUUCCAGUCGUGCUUAAAAGUGAUGCAUGACGAUAUUUCAAGAAGGCUGAGGGAAGAUGUUCACUCCACCCUAAAGCAACACCCACAUGCGAUACGGCCUUCGUGUUGGAGUGAAGUUAUCCAAAAAGAACUUUUCAUGAGCUAUUGCCCAAUACACUCCUACAAAUAUUAAACUAUAAUUUCAAUGUGUGUUCAUUUUGGCUGUGUCUGUUAAUCCAUUCCAAAUGGGGACGAGUGACAAGGAUUAUCUGUGGCAGAGGUUUGUCAGCAAGAGUGAGAAUGGAACUUGAUAGUGAGCCUUGCUUUAGGUACUGAUCAAGAGACUGGUGUUGUAGUACUUGGCACAGGUCGUGCUUGGGCUCUAUUCAAGACUGGUUCAGGUGUGUUGUGGUUUUUCUUUAAUAUUUACCUGGGGUCUCAAACCGAUGGGUGUUAGUUUUUGUUGUAACUAAUCUGAAGACUGUUAACUGUCAUUGGUGCUGCUUGUCUCACUCGAACCUGAUUGGUUUAUCAAUGUGAGCUUGUUUCAUAGGAACAAAAACCUCCACCCACUGCUGCUCAUUUCACUUUAGGACUCCUUAUAUGAACUGUCUUGGUCUUGUCUCGGUCUCA